AUGCAAAGAAGAUUAAACAAUCAAAGACCAUACAAUGCCUUCUCCAGGUAAGGUGCGAGGUCAAUGAAACAAUUAACAUAAAGAAGAAACUUUUUUCCAGGAAAAUAAGAAAAAGAGAAGAAUAAAGGCAAUAAAGAGAACUUUUAGGCCUCGGAAAAGAGAGCUGAAACAAAAGUUGAUUUCAGAAAGCAAAACCCUUUGUUUCUCCCUCUUAACUCAUCUCCCUUUCUUCCUCUCUACUAGAUAAAGCUGAGACAGCACUAUCCACCAAAUAAAGAGAAAACCUCUAAUCUUCACAUGAAAAACAAAAGAUUCUUCGAUUUUGUUUUUCUUUUUCGGUAAUCACACAGUAAUAGUACACUUCUUCCAAUACCACAACUAUUUAGAAAAAUAAGAAGUGAUUAUUAUAAACCGCAUCCGAUGAUAGACUACGAGAGAAACAACAACCAUGUCUCUUCAUCUUCCUCCGAUCUCCUUCUUGCCAUCAAUGAAACCCCAGUGAACAACAAGAGAAAAAGGAGACCAGCAGGGACACCAGAUCCAGAUGCAGAGGUUGUAUCUUUAUCACCAAGAACGUUGCUAGAGUCAGAUCGGUACGUGUGUGAGAUCUGCAACCAAGGGUUUCAGAGGGAUCAGAAUCUCCAGAUGCAUAGAAGAAGGCAUAAAGUACCAUGGAAGCUACUGAAGAGGGAGAAGAAAGAUGAAGAGGUGAGGAAGAGAGUUUAUGUGUGUCCUGAGCAGACUUGUCUCCACCACGACCCGUGCCACGCACUAGGAGAUCUGGUCGGAAUCAAAAAGCACUUUCGCAGGAAACACAGCGCAAUCAAGCAAUGGGUUUGCGAGAGAUGCUCAAAAGGCUACGCUGUUCAAUCUGACUACAAAGCCCAUCUCAAAACAUGCGGCUCACGCGGUCAUUCCUGCGACUGCGGCCGCGUUUUCUCCAGGGUUGAGAGUUUCAUAGAGCAUCAAGAUACUUGCAACAUCCGGCGACCUCAACCCACCAACCCCCCGCGUCCUCUACAGCAGAACAUAUCAGGCCAUUCAACUCCAUCAAGAACCUUUUCGACCACAAGCAUUGGACCUUCACUGCAUGGACUUCCUAUGUUAAGGCCACCACAAGCGUCCCAUCAACAGUCACUAGCUUUUUCUUACCCUGUCGAUGCAUCUUCAUCUCCUUUCGAAAGCCUCCAGCUUCAACUGUCUAUAGGAAUGGCGAAAACAUCAUCAAACAUGAAAAGAAACGAAAAGGAAGAGAUGAGUGUAGCAUUGACAGCGAAUGAGGAAGCGAGGAGAGCGGAUGAAAUGAGACAAGAAGCGAAGAGGCAGAUAGAGAUGGCGGAAAUGGAUUUAGAGAGGGCGAAGAAUAUAAGGAAACAAGCGGAAGCCGAGCUGGAGAAAGCUCAGUUUGUUAGAGAAGAAGCAAUGAAGAGAAUAAAUGCAACAAUGUUGGAGCUCACUUGUCGUUCUUGCAAGCAACUGUUCCAGCUCCCAGUUAUGGCUGAUGAGAGUAAAACGUCUCUUGUUAUGAGUUAUGUUUCCUCUGCGACAACGGAAGGGGAAUGUGAAUGAUUCUAUACUUCUUCAUUAAUCCCCACAAAGUCGGGCAAAGGAAAAAACAUAUGGUUUUGUAUGAAAUGAUUGUAUUUAAUUUAGUGGUUGCCAUUGUGUGGAUCAUUUUUUACUAUGUGCAUCAUUUACCUUGUCCACCGUAAAUUCCGAGAACUAUUUGGAAUUUUAUCGGUUAUAAUAAGUUAAUUUAUUUGUUGGUUUUGUUUUUUUCUGGUUUUAGGAAGAUAUUAAUAAAUGUUUUUCCAAACCAAAAA